GGCCGGCAGGGUAAGGGCAUUGUGAACAAAGAAAAGUCCCUCUCAGGUACCGCGCUCCCCUGCCCCGGCCGCCCCGCGGCCCCUGCGCCCGCCGGCCAGCCCUCGAGGGGCCGGUGCGGGUCCUGCCUUCCCUUCUCACCAGCCCCCGCCGCCGGGUUUGCUUUAAUUUCGCUUAUAGAGAGAAAGGAAGGUUCACGGUUAUCUGGUGCUCUCUUCUUCCAAGCACAAUAAAUCUGUUGGAAGAUAGUAGGGUGGUUUUUUAUUUUUCUUCCCUAAAAUAAAAAGCGGCUGCAACAAAAACACACUCAAUGUUAGAAGGAAAAGGUCAACUCGAUCCAAUACAGACCGGCAAGGUGGACGUGGACUGCAGGUUGUGAAUGUAGACAAACCUGGGGGAGGAAGACAAAAAGAGUUGAACCUAAGAGAGCCCAGUGGAGAUAAACGAAUGUCCUCACCUCUCCGACAGAAAGUUCAUUGGAUUUUGACUCUAGAGAUCUCAUCUUCAGGAUGUCAUUGAACACUUCUACUGCAGGAAAAGGUGUGGAUCCAAAUGCAGUUGAUACUUAUGACAGUGGAGAUGAUUGGGAAAUCGGUGUUGGGAAUUUAAUUAUCGAUUUGGACGCCGAUUUGGAGAAGGACAGACAGAAACUUGAGAUGAAUAAUUCUACUAGUACCACCAGCAGCAGCAACACCAGCUCCAAGGAUUGCGGGGGUCUGGCUUCCAGUGGUGCUAAUACUACCUCAGCCUUAGCUGAUGGCCUAAAAUUUGCUUCUGUUCAGCCAUCAGCUCCCCAGGGGAAUUCCUCUCACAAAGAGACUAGCAAAUCAAAACUGAAAAGGAGUAAAACUUCUAAGGAUGCUAAUAAAUCUCUGCCUUCUGCCGCCUUGUAUGGGAUUCCUGAGAUCAGCAGUGCUGGCAAGAGGCAGGAAGUCCAAGGGCGCCCUGGAGAGGCAACUGGCAUGAAUUCAUCACUGGGUCAAAGCACGAGCAGUAACCCAAACAGCAAUAACACCACCAGCAAUAGCACCACCAUUGCCUCCUGUGUGAAAAACAAAGAGGAGAAGCCAGGUAAAGCUGCCCCAGGUAGCAGAGGCUCCAAGAGGGAUAAGGAUGGGGGAAAAUCCAGGAAGGACAAGCAGCAUGACCUGCAGCAGGGCCAUCCCAAUGGCAGUGGGGGUGGCAGCAGCCAGGCUCCCCCUGGGCAUCUCUAUGGCUUCGGGGCCAAGGGAGGCAGUGGUGGAAGAAGCAGCCCCUUCCAGUGCACCUCCUCUGCCAUGGGGGAAGUGAGCAAAAGUACCCCGGAUUCAGGACUACUGGGAAAUUCUAUUUUGGUAAAGAAGGAAGAGGAGGAGGAGGAGAGCCACAGGCGAAUCAAGAAAUUGAAAACAGAAAAGGUUGAUCCCCUGUUUACAGUACCUGCACCUCCACCUCCGAUUUCCAGCAGUAUCACACCUCAGAUUCUGCCUUCCUACUUUUCCCCAUCUUCAUCCAAUAUUGCAGCACCAGUCGAGCAGCUUUUGGUACGGACUCGUUCAGUGGGUGUAAAUACUUGUGAGGUUGGAGUAGUAACAGAACCUGAAUGCCUUGGACCCUGUGAGCCUGGGACCAGUGUGAACCUGGAAGGAAUUGUGUGGCAUGAAACUGAAGAAGGUGUCCUGGUGGUAAAUGUUACAUGGAGGAACAAGACUUACGUGGGAACACUGCUGGACUGUACAAAGCACGACUGGGCCCCUCCUAGGUUCUGUGAGUCGCCAACAAGUGACCUAGAGAUGCGUGGAGGGCGAGGCAGGGGGAAGCGCGCAAGGUCUGCUGCAGCUGUACCUGGCAACGAGGCCAGUUUUGCAGAGUCCAGAGGACUUCAGAAUAAGAACCGAGGUGGUGCCAAUGGGAAGGGCAGGAGGGGCAGCCUUAACUCAACUGGGCGCAGGACACCCCCAAACUGCGCCAUGGAUGAAGUCAAAGCCAGCCCCUCAGCCACCAGUAAGAGGAAAACUAAGCCUCCAAUGGAGCUAGAUUUGAACUCCAGUUCUGAGGACAAUAAAUCUGGAAAACGUGUUCGUACUAACUCUAGAAGCACUCCCACCACCCCACAGGGGAAACCUGAGACUACUUUAUUGGACCAAGGCUGCUCUUCUCCCAUGCUGAUUGACUGUCCUCACCCCAACUGCAACAAAAAGUACAAGCACAUUAAUGGACUACGAUACCAUCAGGCUCAUGCACAUUUAGACCCAGAAAACAAACUGGAGUUUGAGCCUGACAGUGAAGACAAAAUUUCAGACUGCGAGGAAGCACUGACUAAUGUGGCCCUUGAAUGCAGUGAACCAAGCACAAAUUUGCCAGGCUUUGAUCCACUGAAAGCACCAACAUCUCCUUCCUCCAUCACUACCCCAGGGACCCCCAGGGGAAAAAGGGAACUGACCAGCAACAGCCUUGCUUCAGUUAUCAGUUCCAAAACUGGCAAGAAUUCUGGCAAAAAGAAAGGUCUCAACAGUGAAUUGAACAGCCUUCCGGUAAUUUCUAAUAUGGCAACCACACUGGAUAAUUGCUCAGUAGUUGAUGGCAGCUUGCAAACCGAAAUGCCGAAACUGGAGGCUGAAGGGUUCAUUGACAAGAAGAGUUUGGGUGAUAAAGGCAAGAAAGCAAACAAUUGCAAAGUGGAUAAAAACCUUUCCAAACUGAAAACAGCCAGGCCCAUUGCUCCAGCACCAGCACCGACUCCUCCCCAGUUAAUAGCUAUACCUACUACAGCCUUUACAACCACAACCACAGGGACAAUACCGGGACUGCCCUCUCUAACAACUACUAUUGUUCAGGCUACACCAAAGAGCCCUCCACUAAAGCCUAUUCAACCAAAGCCCACAAUUAUGGGAGAGCCAAGCACUGUGAACCCAGCUCUCACAUCACUCAAAGACAAAAAGAAAAAGGAGAAGCGAAAGCUGAAGGACAAAGAAAGCAAAGAGAUGGGAAGCCCCAAGAUGGAUUCUAAGCUGGGAAAGCUGGAAGAUUCAAAAGGGUCUGGGAAAGACUUAUCUGGACAUUUUUUAAAGGACCAUCUCAACAAGAAUGAAGUGCUAGCUAAUGGACUGUCAGAGUCUCAGGAGAGCAGGAUGGCAAGUAUCAAGGCUGAAGCUGAUAAGGUUUACACCUUCACAGACAAUGCACCCAGCCCUUCCAUAGGGAGUGCCUCCAGGAUGGAAUGCAGCACUUUGGUGAAUGGACAGUCUGCCAUGGCGUCACUGCAUGUGUUGACACAAAAUGGUGCAGAAAGCACAGCCACUAAAACGAGCAGCCCCGCUUACUCAGAUAUUUCUGAUGCAGCUGAUGAUGGUGGCUCUGACAGCAGGUCAGAGGGCAUGAGGUCAAAGGCCAGCUCUCCGUUGGAUAUUAUUUCUAAUAAGGAUGGUGUUGUAAAAGGACAUUCUUCAACCACAGCACAAUCGGCUCAAGCAAAAGAGUCCCAUUCUCCCUAUUACCAUGGCUAUGAUCCUUAUUAUUCCCCAAGUUACCUGCACUCUGGACAGGUCAGUGCCCCAGCAGCUGGGAGCAGCAGUACCCCACAGGGACUGAAGAUCAAAAAAGAGGCUGAGGAAGAGGCUGAAAAGAAAGAGAAGGCAGAAGUGUCAGAUGCCAAGAAAAGUGAAAGCACUUCCUCUAAUUUGCAGCCACAACAUCAGUCAGUGAUAACUCAAAGACACCCUGCACUUGCUCAGUCACUUUACUAUGGACAGUAUGCCUAUGGGCUCUAUAUGGACCAAAAGUCCUUAAUGGCCUCUAACCCUGCUUACAGGCAGCAGUAUGAAAAAUACUAUGAGGACCAGAGACUCGCAGAACAGAAAAUGGCACAAACUGGGAGGGACUGUGAAAGAAAGAAUGACCCCCCCUUGAAGGAGAUUGGGAAGGAUGACAACAAGCAGAAGAAUAUUCCAUCUGCCACUAUUUCAAAGCCCCCUUCAAAUCUGGAGUCCAGCAAAAAUAACACUAAAAUAGGUUCAUCAGUUCCUAGUAAAGGUGAGGAGACAAGCAAAUCACAGAUCCUUUCCAAUCACCAGCAGCAGCUUCAGGCUGACAGCUUCAAAGCCAAACAAAUGGAAAACCACCAGCUUAUAAAGGAGGCUGUGGAGAUGAAAUCUGUUAUGGACUCCAUGAAGCAAACGGGAGUAGAUCCAACUACAAGAUUUAAACAGGAUCCAGAUUCACGAACAUGGCAUCAUUAUGUCUAUCAGCCCAAAUACCUUGAUCAGCAAAAAUCUGAAGAACUUGAUCGUGAGAAAAAGUUAAAAGAAGAAAGCCCUAGAAAAACACCUAACAAAGAAAGUUCCCUACCUAACCUUCCUGUCUCAUUAGCAAGCAUUAAAGAGGAGCCUAAAGAGGUCAAGCGUUCUGAUUCUCAAUCAGUGGAUGAGAGCAAGAUAAAAAACGAUGAUCGUAAGACUCCUGUAAAUUGGAAGGACUCUCGGGGUGCUAGAGUAGCAGUUUCCUCACCAAUGAGUCAGCAUCAGUCGUAUAUCCAGUACUUGCAUGCUUAUCCUUAUCCACAGAUGUACGAUCCCAGCCAUCCAGCCUACCGUGCAGUCUCUCCUGUCCUAAUGCACAGCUAUCCUGGGGCCUAUCUCUCCCCAGGAUUUCAUUAUCCAGUUUAUGGGAAGAUGUCAGGGAGAGAAGAGACGGAGAAAGUCAAUACCAGUCCAAGCAUCAAUGCAAAAUCAGCCACUGAGUCCAAAGCACUGGAUUUGCUCCAGCAGCAUGCCAACCAAUAUCGCAGCAAGUCCCCUGUUCCUGUGGAAAAAUCAGCAGCUGAGCGAGAACGGGAAGCAGAAAGGGAACGAGACCGUCAUUCUCCUUUUAGUCAGCGGCAUCUCCAUACGCACCAUCACACACACGUUGGAAUGGGUUACCCCCUUAUACCUGGACAGUAUGACCCAUUUCAAGGACUGACCUCUGCUGCCCUUGUUGCCACUCAGCAGGUGGCUGCGCAGGCAUCUGCAUCUGGUAUGUUUCCUGCACAAAGAAGAGAAUGAUGAGUUUGGAAAUGUACAUUGUCAUGUGACUGGAUCACAUGAGGAAGCGCUUUAUUACAGACAUCAGUUCCAUGGUGUUAAUUUGAAAUGCCUUAAUGGCAGGCAAAAACCAGUCAUUUCAUUUUUGUAAAUUGCAGAUUUUAUCACAGAGUAACAAAUGUUGCUGUAAUUAGACUUCUGUUUUUCUAUAUAUAUAUAUAUAUAUGCAUAUAUAUAUACAUAUAUAUAUAAAAAUAUAUAUAUUCUUUACUUUUUUUGUAUCAGUACCAAGGCUCGCACACAGGGUCUGCUGCUAAGUUGCGAACCACACAGUAAAAGGAGAUACGUAUUUGUCAUGUUUAGAAAGCAUUUAGAAACCACAAAAGGCUGUUCGUUUCUUUUCUUCUUCCUUCUUUUUUUUUUCUCUUUUUUUUUUUUCCCUUUUCUUUCCAAUUGUAAAUAAAUAAUGUUAUGUAUCAGUGUGCCUGAACCUUGGAUACCCUUCUGGUAUUUCCCAUAAGCUCUCAGAGAGGCUAACUGUGAUGACACUUUGGUACAACGUAGACGUCUAUUUGGUGGCUCCUAUUAAGAUGCAUCAGUGUAAAAUGUUACUGUAUUCACUGUUUCAUUGUAAUUGUGUAUUGUGAAAAAUAUAACUUUGGAAGGCAUGGGGAUUCUAGUACCACAAAAACUGUGUUGUAUAUAAUGUAUAGAUUUUAAAUGGAGAUAAUGAGCAUCUGUGAAUAAUGAAAUGUCAUUUUUGAUAAUCUUGAAUGGUGGAUAACCUAAUAGCCUGCGUACCAGAAGACACCUGUGAUUGUUCUAUUACUUGAAUAGUCCUGCAGUCUUUUUUUUAAUGUUUACAAUUACCCAGUUUUAGAAGAGAGACUUUAAUGCCAUUGUCUGGUUACUUGUUUUAUGCUGUGAUCUAGUUUAUUUUAUGUAAAACGUAUAUUGAAUGCUUUCAUUUUUAUACCUGCCUUAAACAAUUUGGCAAUCAUAAUAAAUAAAAGGUUGGUUUUAUACUUCCGUGGUGCCUAUGGCCCACUUUGAAAGAUGUGUCACAGGCAAAGACAGCAGAGGCUGCAGCUGCCACACAGGUACUAGUGUGUGUAUGCCCUGAGGCCCUCCCUGGGGCUCACUUACUGGUGUGGACCUACAGCCAUCCCUGCCUCCCCACCUGGGCUGGCCUCUACCAGUGGGCACAGUGGGGCCUAAUCCAGAUGACAAUGAAUGAGCCUGUUUCAGUUGACCCUGACAGGUUUCAGUAAGGCCCAUAGUAACACCUUGGAUGCUAUUAGAAACUUUCUUAAAUAUCUAAUGACUGGUUUAGAGCAGCUCUGUGUGCUGUAAAUUACAGACAAUUUUUUUCCUAUUAUAUCUGUAUUAUCU